CCUCUAUAGGUGAACGUGGAUGAUCAAAGAAUAUGCUUUACAAGAAAAUGAAAGCAAUUUAAAACGAUUCGCUCUGUCGGUUUAAAGUUAUUCCUUUGAUAUAUCGAUUCAAUGUUUUUUUUAGUGUACCACCACUAAUCAACGUAGCUUAUAACUGAAAACAAAUAAAAUAUCAACUGUUUGCCAAAUGCAGGCGGAGAUUGCGGCCGACAUCAUGGUAGAGGCGAUGGAGGUGCUAGUGAAUCACAUUCUAUACGUGCGGGGUAUAUACCCCUCGCACAUUUUUAAAAUAAAGCGGAUGUAUAACUCGCCCAUCUUUGUGUCCAUAUAUCCACCGCUUAAUAACUACCUAGCCGGCGUUCUAAAAUCCGCUCAAGAACUUAUCCGCCGCCGUGAGCUGCAGUGCCUAGAGAUAAUAGUAUAUCAGAAGGAGAAUGAGAAGUUGGAGCGCUAUAAAAUUCAACUAGAAGCCCAGGAUUGUGGCCUACCGGCUGAGGAUCAGCUAACGGAGUUUGAGCAGGAAAUGCGGUCUGCCAUCUACCAAAUCUCUCAGCGCAUGAAUCAGGUUCCUAAGCUCCCCGCCGGAAGUUGCCAGUUUAAGGUUCAUCUGCACACUACCCAGGAGGCAUUUAUUCGCUUUAGCCAAGAGAGCCAGUACCAGGAGUUUCCCUGGCUUCAGGCCCAAAAAACAGAAUCCCAGGUGCCACGGCGAACCAUUUCCCUUCUACCUUUGGCUAAGGUGAAGGAUAUGGGACUGAAAAUGGAGGCCCUUAUUGUUUACUAAUGUUAUAUUUCUUAAUCGAAAACUACACGACGUUGGUAUUAUUGUAAACUACAAAUGAUUCUAAUAAUUAAUCGUAGCAUGAUCCAUGGUGGUGUUUUUUAAUAAAUAAAAAGCACGGCCAAUGGUUUUAUAGCUUAACAUUAGAUUCCUUAAAA